AUGUCUGAGACUGCACGGGCGCCCGAGACGGAGCCAGCUGAAGGGGUCAGCUUGGAGACCCAGAUCCUCACCGUCACAGUGUCGCUCCUCAGCGGACGGUCCGUCCAAGUUCCCGCUACAGCCAGCACGGCACUUGGUGAGAUUCGAGAGGAGGCCGCUCGCUUGUUGGGGGUCCCCCUCGCCAGCUUGGUGCACGCAGAUGGCUCAGGGGUUGAUGAGCAGCAAACCCUGGCAGAUGCGGGCCUCGAUCUGGGGCAGCCGCUACAAGCUCUGGUGCGCACGACCAUCGAGGUGGGUGACCUGGUGAAGGUCGAAGACGGAGUGACGCCAUCCUAUGGAUGGGGUCAGGUCAAGGCUGGCGAUGUUGGGAAAGUCCACUCCAUCGAAGGACGCAAUGUCUCUGUCCACUUCCCGACACAUUCAGGGUGGAGUGGGAAACUCGACGAGAUGGAGCUGGUUCAGGCGAAGGAGGUGAGGAAACAGCCACCAAAAAGCACAAUCGAUGUGGGAUGCAUCGUGAAAGUCCGCGAGGGAGUGACGCCGCGCUAUGGCUGGGGCGAUGUCAAGCCCGGCGAGUGUGGGAAAGUUGUCUCCAUAAGUGGCGACAACGUCGUUAUCAACACUGAGAGCCAGUCAGGAUGGAGUUGUCGUCUCGACGAGAUCGAGGUGGUCGAAGCUGUCGGUCCAGAACCCGAGGGAAGGGCUGGCCUCGAUGUGGGGCAGCCGCCACAAGCUCUGGUGCGCACGACCAUCGAGGUGGGAGACUUGGUGAAGGUCCAAGACGGAGUGACGCCAUCUUACGGCUGGGGUCAGGUCAAGGCUGGCGACAUUGGGAAAGUCCACUCCAUCCAAGGAGGCAAUGUCUCUGUCCACUUCCCGGGGAAUUCAGGGUGGAGUGGGAAACUCGACGAGAUGGAGCUGGUUCAGGCACAGGAGGCGCCGGAGAGGAGCGAAAUCGUUGUGGGAUGCAUCGUGAAAGUCCGCGAUGGAGUGACGCCGCGCUAUGGCUGGGGCGAUGUCAAGCCCGGCGAGUGUGGGAAAGUUGUCUCCGUAAGUGGCGACAACGUCGUUAUCAACACUGAGAGCCAGUCAGGGCUUUCAAGAGGUAUUCGAGGAUGGAGCGCGCGCCUCGAGGAGCUCGAGGUGGUCGAAGCAGUCAGUCCCGAACCCGAGGUGACAGUGAAGGUUGCCUUGCUCAGCGGACGUUCCGUCGAAGUUUCAACGACGGCCAGCACUUCCCUCCGCGAGAUCCGGGCCAAGGCCGCUCAUCUAUUGGAUGUCCGCCUUUCGAAACUGGUACAUGCGGAUGGCUCGAUGUUCGAUGAGACACAGAGCCUGGCUGAUGCCGGGAUCGAUCUCCGGGAGCCGCUGCAAGCCGUGGUGCGCAAUUGUGAAUUGCAGGUGGGGGACAUGGUGAGAGUCCGAGACGAUGUCGAAAAUCCCAGGCAUGGCUGGGGCAGCGUCCAGCGUGGCGACCAUGGGCGAGUUACGGCCAUCAAUGAAGAGAACGCCACGGUUAAUUUUCCCAGUCAGUCGGGCUGGGCAGGUAAUAUCGACGAGCUAGAGCUCUGCUAG